GGAGAAAGCCCGUCCUGCAAUCCCUGAGCCACUGUGCUGCCUGCUGGUUGCAGACUCGGGACCCACCAUGAAGCUGGCCCUCCUGCCUUGGACUCUGAUGCUGCUGGCGACAGUCCCAGGCCCCAGGUGCAUAGCAGGUGCCCAGGCCAGCUGCUCCCUGCGAUGCGGCGAACAGGAUGGACUCUGCUCUUGUCAUCCAACCUGCUCGGGCCUCGGUACCUGUUGUGAAGACUUUCUGAGCUACUGCCUGGAGAUUUCACCCUCCUCAGGCUCCAUGAUGGGUGGCAAAGACUUUGUGGUGCAGCAUUUAAAGUGGCCUUACUCCACCGAUGGCGUCAUCUGCAGGUUUAAGGAGAGUAUCCAGACCCUUGGGUAUGUCGACAGCUUGAACCAAGUGCACUGUGUAUCACCCUUGCUCUAUGAAAGCGGCCAAGUUCCCUUCACUGUAUCGUUGGACAAUGGCCGCUCCUUCCUUCGAGCGGGCACUUGGCUGGCCGCUCAUCCCUACAAAGUAUCCGAGUCCGAGAAGAGCCAGCUGGAGAAUGAGACCUACUGGCAAUACUAUGGCACCUCAGACACGAUGGGAAACCUCAGCCUCACCUGGAACAUCUCCAUGCUGCCCAUGCCGGCCGUCACCAUUGAGCUUUGGGGCUAUGAGGAGACAGGGAAACCCUAUUCUGAGAACUGGACAGCAAAGUGGUCCUAUCUAUACCCUCUGGCGACAGACAUCCCCAAUACCGGCUUCUUUACUUUUACCCCCAAAUCCGCAUCACCUGAGUACCAGAGGUGGAAAGUGGGUGCUCUGAGGAUCAUCAGCAGCAAGAACUAUGCGGGACAACAGGAUGUGCAGGCUCUCUGGACCAAUGAUCACGCACUGGCCUGGCACCUGGGUGAUGACUUCCGGGCAGACUCUGUGGCCUGGGCCAGGGCGCAAUGCCUGGCCUGGGAGGCACUGGAAGACCAGCUACCCAACUUCCUGGAAGAACUGCCAGACUGCCCUUGCACGCUGGCCCAGGCCAGGGCUGACUCGGGCCGCUUCUUCACUGACUACGGCUGUGACAUUGAGCACGGCAGCGUGUGCACCUACCACCCUGGGGCCGUGCACUGCGUGCGCUCCGUGCAGGCCAGCCCCAGAUACGGAUCGGGCCAGCAGUGCUGCUAUACCGCAGCGGGCACGCAGCUGUUGACCUCGGACUCAACAGGUGGCAGCACCCCUGACCGCGGCCAUGACUGGGGUGCGCCCCCGUACCGCACGCCUCCCCGGGUGCCCGGCAUGUCUCAUUGGCUCUAUGACGUCAUCAGCUUCUAUUACUGCUGCCUCUGGGCACCUGAGUGUUCCCGCUACAUGAGGAGGCGCCCUUCCAGCGACUGCCGCAGCUACAGACCCCCACGCCUGGCCUCUGCCUUUGGGGACCCCCAUUUUGUCACCUUCGAUGGCACUGGCUUCUCGUUUAGCGGGAAGGGCGAGUACGUGCUGCUGGAGUCGUCGCUGACUGACCUCAGAGUGCAGGGACGGGCCCAGCCUUGGACAAUGCCCAAUGGCACCCAGGCCCGAGGGACAGGGCUGACUGCAGUGGCUGUCCAAGAAGAUAACUCAGACGUGAUAGAGGUGCGGCUACCUGGCAGGUCCCAGGUCCUGGAAGUGUUGCUGAAUCACAAAGUACUCAAUUUCACUGAACAAAAUUGGAUGGACCUAAAGGGCAUGUUCCUUUCGGUGGCCUCGGAGGAUAAGGCAUCCAUAAUGUUGUCUUCGGGAGCUGGCCUCGAGGUCGGGAUACAAGGACCCUUCCUGAGUGUGACCGUCCUGCUGCCUGACAAGUUCCUGACCCACACCCAUGGUCUCCUGGGGACGAUGAAUGAUAACCCCAAGGAUGAUUUCACCCUACGAGACGGGCAGGUCCUGCCCCCAAAUGCCAGUUCUCAGCAGCUGUUCCAGUUUGGAGCCAACUGGGCUGUUCCCAACACCUCUUCCCUGUUCACCUACGACUCCUGGAUUCUGGUCACCACAUUCUUGGACAAACCCAAGCAUGACCCCAACUUCAAACCGCUCUUCCCCGAGGGGAUCACGCUCAGCCCCAGCCAGGCGGAAGGCUUGGCCAGAGUGUGUGAGAACGACCGCUUCUGCAUCCUUGAUGUGAUGAGCACAGGGAGCCUGAGUGUGGCCAAUGCCACGAGGAAUGCCCACCAGUUGCACCAGGACCGCCUGAAGAGCCUGCAGCCUGUGGUAUCCUGUGGCUGGCUCCCUCCACCUUCGAACGGGCACAAAGAGGGCUUGAAGUACCUGGUGGGAUCCGUUGUCCGUUUCGGCUGCAACAGUGGCUACAGCUUAGCAGGGUCGGAGACUAGCACCUGCCGGGUGGAUGGCACCUGGUCCACGCCUACCCCGGAGUGUCAGCCAGGACGGAGCUACACGGUGCUGCUGAGUAUCAUCUUCGGGGGCCUGGCCAUAGUGGCGCUGAUUUCCAUCCUCUAUAUGUUGCUGCGCCACCGCAGGAAGAGCAACAGGACCAUGUGGAGUUCCCAGCCCUGAGACGGGAGCGCGCUUGAUUGACAGCAUCGGGCCACGGGUGCUCGCCAAGACAACAGCCUUCCGGGAGAAGCGCAAAUCUCGUGCGCCGCCGCCGCCGUAGUCCUCCGAUUCCAAUUCCCGCCAUCCACUCGCUGUGCCUUCAACACUGUGGACCCAGUACCUGUGCCUGCCCUGUCCUCCUGACUGAGACUUGGUCCAGACGUUCUAACUCCCGCACCUCCCCUUCUCCUCCAUCAGCAACCCGCCCUCUGUCCUACUGAUUGUGGCUCUAAUUCCUCAGACUUGAGGGAUGGUCUUUUUGGCCUGUCCUAGAACUGGAGUACCUGUGUCCCAAGCCCAGACACUCCUGCACUGAAAGCGAAAGCUCACGUUCCAGUCCCUCCCUCCCCGGAGCCUGACAAACUGAGACCCAGUGCCUGCCCUCCCGUGAGGGCCCCCAGAGCUGAGUGGCCUCCAUUCCUGCCCCAUGUCCCAACUUGAGAGCCCAGCCUGGCCCAAUCCCACAGUGAGGAGUGGCCUCAGGGCCUGAGCAGAGCGGAGGGGGCGGGGGGAGUGCACCAUCCAUCAGAGAAGAGACCUCCUUUGCACACAGAGCUUGUACUCCUACCUCUUCCGUAGCAUACUCAGGAACACCCUCCCUGCCCGUACAAGAAAACAAUGUUACAUCCCCCCGUGCUUGUCUGCU